CUGUGGCACUCUACCGAGGCCUGUAAAGAGAAACUCUUUCUCUACAAAAAAAAAAAAAAAGAUAAUUUUCAUGAGUGUUAGUAAGAGGGAGAUAUUGAUCAAGCUAAAGAAGAAAUUCUGUAUUGAUGUAGCCCUCAGUUUCCUCAUAGAUUAUCUCCAGUUGGGUCAUUCAAGGUGAGAUGAAUCAUCCACGGCUCCCCUCAGGGUUGUGGCCUGCCUACUUCAACUGAGCUGAGCAUAGAUGGGGAGGAAGGGCCUUGGAGAAAGGGAAAUAGCUGAGUGUAGGUUCAGAAAAAGUUGCUUGGGCUUUGUCACCCAUGGGAAGGUGCAGUGUGUUCCCAGAUAGCUGUAACCGUGAACAGCGAUGUCAUGCUUCCGUAACUGCUGCUCGGCAGGUUGCUACUUUUGUUCCUCUGGGUACAGAGGUGUUCAGGACCUUCCCCUUGAGCAGACUGCAGAUGACAGAAACAUAGAUUGUGGAUGAUCUAUGUAACUCAGCUCCCUGGCCACCCAGAGCUAGAUACGGGCAGACAUCUCAUGGUGCUACCAGCCACCUGUAAGCUGAAUAACACGUUACCCUGCCCUCCAGCCCUGGGUUUCUCUCUGGUGUGUCCAAAUCAGAACACUGGCAUUACACUGGCUGACAGCCCAGACGGUGGGUACCGAUUCUGCUAGCAGCUACAACUGAAAAGCAAGGUUCAGAAAUGUCAGAUAUCCUCCGGGAGCUGCUCCGGGUCUCUGAGAAGGCUGCCAACAUUGCCCGGGCGUGCAGGCAGCAAGAAGCCCUCUUCCAGCUGCUGGUUGAAGAAAAGAAAGAGGGAGAAAAGAACAAGAAGUUUGCAGUUGAUUUCAAGACCCUGGCUGAUGUGCUGGUACAGGAAGUUAUAAAGCAGAACAUGGAGAAUAAGUUUCCAGGCUUGGGAAGAAAUAUUUUUGGAGAAGAAUCCAAUGAGUUUACUAAUGACUUGGGGGAAAAGAUUACCUUGAGACUGUGUUCAACAGAGGAAGAGACGGUAGGGCUUCUUAGCAAAGUCCUUAAUGGUAACAAGUCCGCAUCUGAAGCACUGGCCAAGGUUGUUCAUCAGGAUGUUGCCUUUACUGACCCAUCUCUGGACUCAAUGGAGAUCCACAUUCCACAGGACAUUUUGGCAAUUUGGGUGGAUCCCAUAGAUUCGACUUACCAGUAUAUAAAAGGUUGUGCUGAUGUCAAAUCCAACCACGGGAUCUUUCCCUAUGGACUUCAGUGUGUCACUGUUUUAGUUGGCGUCUAUGACAGACAGACAGGGGUGCCCCUGAUGGGCGUCAUCAACCAGCCUUUUGUGUCACUAGACCUAAACACUCUCAGGUGGAAAGGACAGUGCUACUGGGGACUUUCUUACCUGGGGACCAACAUCCAUUCACUUCAGCACACCAUCUCUGAAAGCAACAGCGGCGAGACUUGGCCUGGCAAUGCCAGCUCUGACGUGGAAUCUUCUCGGCGUUUUUCAGCAGUCAUUAGUACAAGUGAAAAGGAGACUGUCAAAGCCGCGUUGUCACGUAUAUGUGGAGAUCGUGUGUUCGGGGCAGCCGGGGCUGGCUACAAGAGCCUUUGUGUCGUCCAAGGCCUUGUUGACAUUUACAUCUUUUCAGAAGAUACCACGUUCAAGUGGGACUCCUGUGCUGCUCAUGCCAUACUGAGGGCCAUGGGUGGAGGAAUAGUAGACUUGAAAGAGUGCUUAGAAAGAAACCCUGAUACGGGGCUUGAUUUGCCACAGUUGGUGUACCAUGUGGAAAAUGAGGGUGCCACUGGGGUUGAUCGGUGGGCCAACAAGGGGGGACUAAUUGCAUAUAGAUCCAGGAAGCAGCUAGAGACGUUCCUGAAUCUCCUCAUCCAAAACCUGGAACCUGUGGAGACACAGACAUAGACAGAUUCUGACCUGGGUAUGUGUGUAUAUGUAUAUAAACUGAACUGUGAAACUGUUUCCCAUUAUCUCUAUCUUUUGGAGAUAGCAUUGUCCUAUUGCUGGUUAAUAUUCAUCUUCCUCUUUUGAGGAACAUUUUUCCAUUAUGCGUUCAUAAUAAUGUUAACUUCAAUAAAUUAAUAUAUCUAUGCAACAAUUAAA